GAAAAAUGGGUUCAGAAUCCCCGAUUCAACUUCCGAUUAUCGAUUUCUCCCAGCUAAAAACGCACAAUCGAGACGAUCGUUUCAUCUGGGAAUCCAUAAGAACCGAUGUUUUCAACGCUUUUCGAGACUACGGUUGCUUCGAAGCGUCUUCGUUUGUAUCUAUCGAUCUUCAAGAAUCCGUUCACGAUGCAUUGAAACAGUUGUUUGAUCUCCCGUUAGAAACCAAGCUUCGAAACACAUCAGAAAUCGCCUUCCAUGGAUACGUCCAAUCUCCUAAGGUUCCGCUCUACGAAAGCAUGGGAAUCGGAAACCCGUUCAUCUCGGAAAACGUCGCCAGUUUCACCGAUCUCAUGUGGCCUCACGGAAACGCUAAAUUUUGUGAAAGUAUCAAGACGUACUCGAGGAAGUUGCACGAAUUGGACGUGACGGUGAAGAAGAUGGUUUUCGAGAGCCUGGAUUUGGAGAAUUACUUGGACGAAGAAAUGCAAUCAACGGGUUACCUUCUUAAGAUGAUGAAAUACCGAGCACCGGAGCCAAAUGAAUCCGAUAUCGGACUCCAUACUCAUACCGACACUAAUAUAAUGACGAUUUUACAUCAGGACGAAAUCGGAGGGUUAGAGAUCCAGACGAAAGAUGAAGAAUGGAUACGAGUGGAAGUUUCGCCAAACUCUUUCGUCGUCGUGGCUGGCGAAACUUUCAACGUGUGGUUGAAUGGUCGAUUGCACGUACCGUUUCAUAGGGUAAUGAUGACGGGAAACAAAGCUAGAUACUCGCUCGGGUUUUUUUCCGUCAAGAAAUCAAGCAGUCUUGUAAAAGCGUUUAAUGAGAUGGUAGACGAAGAACAUCCGAUGCUCUUCAAGCCUUUCGACUACGGAGAGUUUCUCAAGUUCUUCUAUAAAGAGGGUGGCAUUAAAAGCAAGUUCGCUUUAAAAACCUAUUGCGGAAACGAUAUUUGUGUCUCGAAUCACAAUGAGCGAUCUUGA